AUGUCGUUCUCAUUCCCGCCGCCCAUGCCUACUCCCCUCUCUCGCGCCGACGCCCUGGUUUUCCACCCCGCCGCCUUCUCUCCUCUUCCCAUUCGAACACCUAUUGUCCCUUCAAUCGCUGCUGCUUCCUUUUUGCGGAGGCCACUUUCCCCCUUCUCAUUCUCCGUUUUCAGUCGCAUCAUCUCCCAAUCCGCCCACGUCGCAACUUGCAUUCUAAUUCAUGUCGAGCUCAUUUCCCCCCCGGAAUGCGCUCAGUUUCCCCCCCGGAAUGCGCUCAGUUUCCCGGACGGAAUGCGCUCAUUUCCCCCCCGGAAUGCGCUCAGUUUCCCCCCCCGGAAUGCGCUCAGUUUCCCCCCCGGAAUGCGCUCAGCCAGCAUCCUUCCCGCCUAUCCUCUUCUCACUGUUCCUCUCUCUUCUUACCCCCUUCUCUUCUCUCAUCCCUUCCUCCCCUCUCUCAUCCCUUCCUACCCUCUCUCAUCCCUUCCUCCCCUCUCUCAUCCCUUCCUCCCAUCCCUCAUCCCUUCCUCCCUUCUCUCAUCCCUUCCUCCCCUCUCUCAUCCCUUCCUCCCCUCUCUCAUCCCUUCCUCCCCUCUCUCAUCCCUUCCUCCCCUCUCUCAUCCCUUCCUCCCCUCUCUCAUCCCUUCCUCCCCUCUCUCAUCCCUUCCUCCCCUCUCUCAUCCCUUCCUCCCCUCUCUCAUCCCUUCCUCCCCUCUCUCAUCCCUUCCUCCCCUCUCUCAUCCCUUCCUCCCAUCCCUCAUCCCUUCCUCCCAUCCCUCAUCCCUUCCUCCCUUCUCUCAUCCCUUCCUCCCUCUCUCAUCCUUCCUCCCCUCUCUCAUCCCUUCCUCCCCUCUCUCAUCCCUUCCUCCCCUCUCUCAUCCCUUCCUCCCCUCUCUCAUCCCUUCCUCCCCUCUCUCAUCCCUUCCUCCCCUCUCUCAUCCCUUCCUCCCCUCUCUCAUCCCUUCCUCCCCUCUCUCAUCCCUUCCUCCCCUCUCUCAUCCCUUCCUCCCCUCUCUCAUCCCUUCCUCCCCUCUCUCAUCCCUUCCUCCCAUCCCUCAUCCCUUCCUCCCUUCUCUCAUCCCUUCCUCCCCUCUCUCAUCCCUUCCUCCCCUCUCUCAUCCCUUCCUCCCCUCUCUCAUCCCUUCCUCCCCUCUCUCAUCCCUUCCUCCCCUCUCUCAUCCCUUCCUCCCCUCUCUCAUACCUUCCUCCCCUCUCUCAUCCCUUCCUCCCCUCUCUCAUCCCUUCCUCCCCUCUCUCAUCCCCCCUCCCCUCUCUCAUCCCUUCCUCCCCUCUCUCAUCCCUUCCUCCCAUCCCUCAUCCCUUCCUCCCUUCUCUCAUCCCUUCCUCCCCUCUCUCAUCCCUUCCUCCCCUCUCUCAUCCCUUCCUCCCCUCUCUCAUCCCUUCCUCCCCUCUCUCAUCCCUUCCUCCCCUCUCUCAUCCCUUCCUCCCCUCUCUCAUACCUUCCUCCCCUCUCUCAUCCCUUCCUCCCCUCUCUCGUCCCUUCCUCCCCUCUCUCAUCCCUUCCUCCUCUCUCUCAUCCCGUCCUCCCCUCUCUCAUCCCUUCCCCCCCUCUCGUGUCCUUUUUCAACCCUGUUAUUGUCUUCAACAAGCAUGUAA